AUGCAGGAAUCUACUAUAGUAUCGCCUCGAAGCCAUGAAGAGGUCACCGAACCACCCUCUCCAGAAGCCGUAAUCUCGCUCUCGACAACAUUUCAUCAACAAUCGGCUCUCCUUCCCAUUCCACCAGAUACCACAUUCAUCUCGUCUGAUGGUGUGCUGUUCUAUGCACAUAGAAUCCAGCUCCUUUCGAUGUCUACCAACCGCUUUAAUGGUUGUCUUCCAAUCCUUGACGCCGCUACCCAGCUCGCGGCUAGUACCGAAGCUAAACUUGUCGCCCCACCUACUCGAACGCCGGCCAUCCGUCUUCCACACUCGGCAGAUGUAGUCAAUAUCAUCCUCCAUGUCGCGUACAGUCUCUCUUGCGCUCACUACAGACCGAAUCUGGAGACGCUACUGGCCGCCGUAAACACGAUGAAGCUCUACGGCCUACCCCCCACUCGUUUCGUCAGACCCUCGAGCGUGUUGUAUACCCUCAUCCUCGCGCAAGCGCCCAUAAAGCCCAUCCUUGUCUAUGCCACUGCAGCCGCGCACUCUCUUCAUGACCUUGCCGUGGCGGUAUCGAGCUACCUCUUGUCUUACCCACUGGAAUCACUGCCUGACGUUCUCGUAGUGCGGAUGGGUCCCAUGUACUUCACACGUCUAUACAUCCUACAAGUUGAUCGACUUCGGGAACUGAAGAGGAUCCUCCGUCCCGCACCACGGUUGCAUCCAGUUACGGAUGCUUGCACCUUUGAGAAUCAAAAGUAUCUGUCCCGCGCAUGGGACCUCGCCGCGGCAAGCAUCGCGUGGGAUGCUCGUGCAGGUAUCACAACGAGUGCUUUAGAGCGCGUGCUUUGCCCAAUGGAGCAUUAUCUUGGAUGCGCAAGCUGCAAGGAAGCACUUUCGGCUCGAAUCAGGGAGCUCGUCGUGCAGUGGUCGAUGGUCAAGGUAUGCAUGAACAGCUCCACGAACCGCGAGCGACAAAUUGGAGGGACGUCAUAUUUUCUCUGA